CUCAUCCUCCUCAACAAGAAUGUCUCUCAAGGUUGUACUGGUCGCCACACUUGUGGUGGGCUCCAUGUCCCUCCCUGAUGCUCCCUCACAAUUCCGUCCCUCGUCUUCUGGCCCUACCUACGGACCCCCAACACCAGGACCAACAUAUGGCCCUCCAACACCAGGACCAACAUACGGCCCUCCAACACCAGGACCUACAUACGGUCCCCCAACACCAGGACCAACAUACGGCCCCCCAACACCAGGACCAACAUACCGUCCCCCAACACCAGGACCAACAUAUGGCCCUCCAACACCAGGACCAACAUACGGUCCUCCAACACCAGGACCAACAUACGGUGUCCCAACUUCUGAGGCUCCUGCUCAUUACAACUUCACCUGGCAAGUGAAGGACGACGCCUCUGGCAACGAUUACGGGCACCAGGAGACUCGUGAUGGUGCCGACACCCAGGGCUCCUACUAUGUUCUGCUUUCUGACGGUCGUCUGGAGAGGGUGAAGUACACUGUCAACGGUGACUCGGCUUCGUGGCCCAGGUGGCCUACGAAGGUCACUCCACAUCCCAGCCUCAGUCCUACUACACACCAGCUCCUGCCUACGGCUAACGCAUCAGUGACCCUAGAUGACUUAAACGACUCGUCUUGGAUAUAGGCUUAAUUUUAUAAACUCUGACUACGAUCACGGUAAAAAAAAAUUCUACCCCAAACUAUUUCAUUAGUGAAAACAUCUGCCUUCUUUGUAUCUCUAACUUAAAAAAAAAAAAUUUCUUCAGUCCUAUCGACAGUUAUAUUUGCUUUUGUCAGACUUCGUCCUUCCAAGCAGCCUGGUCCAUACUUCUCCUUCUCCCGAUGAUUCUUGUGUUCACUAUGUCAUACUACUCUAGCCUUUUGCAAUAUAUUAAUGAAAUAGGCCAUACCCAUUCUGCCAUAGUUAAAGAAUACGAAAGAAAUGUUCCCUCUUCUUAUUUUAACACCUCUCUUCUCUGUCAUGUUAGAGACAACAACUCUUCAAUAAGUUUACCCAAUGCCAGAAAUAUCUAUCCAUAUUGUAGCCCUUACAAAUAUCGUCUUGUAGAACUAGCCCUUGUGCGUAUCAUUCCUAAUAUGAAUUUUAGUCUCGAUUUUGUACCUGUGAUGCUUUGGAUUUUCUCCCUUUCACAAAUGAUCUGCUCCUCAGAACACACAUAACUCUAGGAGUUCCUCGUCUCGUCCCACCUACCGGCGUUUCGGUCCGACUUGGACCUACUAUUUAUGGUAUUGUGCCUUUUUAUUCUUCGUCGUCUCUGCCCUGGGCUCUUUCCUAACCUCUUACCCCUAAACGUCGUUUGAAAUGUGAUCUCCGGAUUGUAAAUUGUACCAUUUCAUGUCUAUGGUUCACCAAAAAGUAACUUUACUGCGCUCAUGGUUAACGCUGAGUAAUACUGUACAUGAAUAACAUACAUGUUGAACGCUAUAAUGGUAUCUUUAUUUCGGAAGUAAAGAUGGCAAAGGUUUGCACAUACUUCUUAUUCCUUUAA